UCGAAGUGUUUUCUCAGAAAGAAAGGUAUGGAAAAAUGUAAACUGUUCCAAAGUGUCAUAAACUUACCGUAUUUUAUGUCAUAUAAUGCAAUUCGUAACCUUUCUUCAGAGCCGAAUGGUCCGAAAAUUGUAACGCAGGAUAUUCCCGGUCCAAAGUCCGUGUCUCUUAAAAAAGAGUUAAGCUAUCUUCAAAAUCCUGCAACUGUCCAACUGUUUAUUAAUUAUAGUAAAUCUACUGGAAAUUACCUAUAUGAUGCAGAUGAUAAUAUAUUUCUUGAUGUUUACAAUCAAAUUUCGUCAAUGCCACUUGGCUAUAAUCAUCCAGCGCUUUUGGAAGCAGUUAAAGAUCCAGCCAAUAUUGAAGCAUUUGUAAAUAGACCAGCAUUAGGGGUUUUACCUCCAAGCAAUUUUGUUGAGAAAUUGAAAGCUAGUUUAAUGUCGAUUGCACCUCCUGGCUUAAAAGAAAUUCAAACAAUGGCUUGUGGAUCGUGCUCUAAUGAAAAUGCGUUUAAAGCUGCAUGUUUCUGGUAUAAAUAUAAGGAACGUGGUGGCAAAGCUCCAACCGAUGAAGAUUUGAAUUCAUGCAUGAUAAAUAGUUCCCCUGGCUCUCCUGCCCUUAGUAUUUUAUCGUUUCAUGGCGGUUUUCAUGGUCGCACCUUUGGUGCUCUUGCCACGACUCAUUCUAAACCGAUACACAAAUUAGAUGUUCCUUCCUUCGACUGGCCAAUAGCUUAUUUUCCAAAGUAUAGAUACCCACUGGAGGAUUUUGAAAGAGAAAAUGCUGCCGAAGAUUCAAAAUCUUUAUCUCACGUUGCUGAAUUGAUUGACCAAUACAAAAAGAAAAGUCCAGUUGCAGGGUUAAUUGUUGAACCCAUUCAAGCGGAGGGUGGAGAUAACCAUGCUUCGGAUAAUUACUUCAGAAAUCUUCGCAAACUUUGUCUCGAUAAAGGAGUCGCUUUCAUUUGUGAUGAAGUACAAACGGGAGGUGGUCCCACAGGAAAAUUUUGGGCCCAUGAGUAUUGGGGUUUAGAGAUUCCACCAGAUAUAGUUACUUUUAGCAAAAAGAUGCUCACUGGAGGAUAUUUUUACAGAGAUGAAUUCAGACCUCGCGAAGGAUACCGUGUCUUCAACACUUGGCUAGGAGAUCCAUCUAAGAUGGUCUUGCUGCAAGCAGUCAUAAAAGUUGUCAAAGAGCAGAAUCUUCUGAAAAACAUGGAAACUACUGGCAACCACUUAUUGAAAGAAAUGAAGAAUAUUGAAAAGAAACACUCUGGUAAACUGUUCAACGUGCGCGGCAGAGGAACUUUCGCGGCUAUGGAUUUUCAAACUCCCGAAGCUAGAGAUAAAGCAGUAAAAGCAUUGCACAAGCGAGGAAUUCACUGUGGAGGAAGUGGUUCUAAGACUUUGAGGAUUAGAACCGCUUUAAUUUUUGAGUCCAAGCAUGCAGAUAUAUUCUUAAACCAACUUGAUAAAACUCUAACCGAAGAUUUUUAAUUUUUUCCUUAUAUUAAAAAAUUUCCAGACCUAUAUAUUUCAUAUGAAUGUGCCAUAGGAAUUUACUCAAAAUCUAGAUUUUUUAUGUGAAAGAAAAUCUUUCAAAACGUCUGAAAAUUAUAGUAAUUAAUAUUUUUUUACAAAAUCUAUUAAUAGUUAUUAUAUCCAUGCAUAUAUAUGAAGUAUAUUUUGAAGAAUAGUAGGAAUAUAGCAAAAUUCCUAUGUACUUCAAAGGCAGGCCUGUUAUUCUAAGGGUUUAUGUAUCACUUCCUGGAUUUUGGAAACAUAAUGUUAUGCAUUUCUGUGUGUAUCCUGUUGCCUUUUUUCCGUAAAAAGUAUUGAGAAAGCUUUUGAAUGACCAUCCUGUUUAAAAGUGUUAAUUAGAUGUGUUUUCACUUGUCACUUGAUUGUAUAUGAUAUGUUUAGUUUGUUUGAAUACAUUUUACAAAUUAGCCCUUUUAAAUGAUUUCAAAGAAGGUGUCUAAAAAAUGUAGGGUCAGGUGUGGUGGAAUGGGUAGUUUAUUAAUCUUUCAAGUUACAAAAAAGAAAAAUAAUUAAAAAUUAAAAAUAAAAACACUCAUGUUAUUUACAAUAGUUUAACUUUAUUUUGGUUCAAGAAAAAAACUGAAUGGAAACAGUCAAUUUUGUGGUAGCCUUCUUGUAAGUUAUAUUGUAAAAAUCAAAACUAACCGAUAUUGUUAAAACUUUGUUUUGAGGAUUUUGUUAGUAUUUAGAUGGCAGUCUAUUGUUGUUAUUUUCAUAAAAGGAAGUCUCCUUUGUCAACUGAAAAAAUCAGAAAAGAAAAAUUCCAUGCAUUUUAAGAAAUAUGUUAAAAUUUUUUA